ACCCUGCUCCCUUUCUCAACUAAUUAAAUUCCCUUUUUAAUUAAACCAAUACUUACCUACUUUUCAAUUCAACACAGCAGGAUUCGUAUACAUAUAAUUGCAGGCAUAAAUAUAAGUACACCCCCUCUAAAAUCAACACAUGCUUAAACUCAUGGGAAAGCACUCAAGAAUCACAAUCCCAUUAAUUAUAAUAACUCACUCUCAAGUUAACUACCCGUAAAAACCCAUGGAAGGUGGUAUGUAGAGAAAACUCAGAAUCCUCCUACAGUAUAUUUCUUCUUCCCGGACGAAGUUAUCCUCGUACUACUCUAACAUGAGAUACCCUAGAUAUGUCCCUAGUGAUGAUGCAUGCUUUUCUUACUCUCCUUCUUCCCCUUGCAGCACCAACCGAUAGGAUUAAAGGGGGAAAUCUCACCUUAUGUAUGUCUCCAAUACCCGAUCCACCAAAUCCCCCACAGCUAGCGAUCUCUUUCUGCCACCGAUGGCCACAAGAACUAAGGUAGAUGGUAAUGAGAAAGGAAGAUGAUGAAGAGGUUUCUGUCCUUAUAUUUCUCUUGAUGCUUAGAAAAAAGGGAUGAGAUAAGGGUGGCAGCCAACUCUCUCUCGGGUUUUUUUUCAACUCUAUAACUACCCAUCUACCUACCACCCCAUUAAAUUAACUCAUAAGGAUGGCUAUGUGUAAGUUUAAAGGUUGGCUUGGAAACUGGGGCUUUUCCCAUUAUAAUAAACUAGAAACAAGAGCUCACUUCUCUUCGGUGGAUGAGAGUCUAUUAAGUAAGUUGGUUAUAACACAAUAGAAGUGUAACCCAAUACUUGACUUGGUGGAGGACGGCCCUACUAUCUAGAGGGAUUUAUAUCCUUCAUUCUUUUCCCCUUUUAACUCUCUUUAAUUUGAACUAAUUUGGAAUGGUUUUGGGUAAUAUGACCCAUCAUGCGAAUUAAGUUUAACUUUAUUUAGUAAUAACAUUACUUAUACCAAAAUCAUGAUUUAAGCACUCAAAAUACGAGGAUGUUACACAAUUCCACCAGAGUUGGAUCCUGAAGUCCUUGGUACCGCCGAGCAGCACUAGCUAGUAAGAACUCUAGUUACUUGAAAAAGAAUAAAAAAGGUUUUUAUCCAGUCCUUGUGUGCAGGGUGGUUGCUCUCCAGUCUCCCCUGACUACCAGGAUUCUCAGCUCAGCUCCAAAUCCCAAUCGCCUCCAAUGAUUUUCCACAUCGCUCACUCCCCAGCUCUCCCUACCUUUAAUUGUUCUCUCAAGUCGGCCAUCGGCGAACACAGCCGGUGGAAGCCGCCAUCCAAACCUCCGACAUUGAAGCCAUCAUCCCUCCCGGCAGCGAGAGACCGAGUGAUAGAUUUCGGCAAGUACAAAGGUAAGAUGCUGGGCGCCCUCCCUUCUGUUAGAGUGUGGUAUAAGAUCCAGCAAAACCUUCUCCCAACAACUCGAGUUAUUGGGAUCAACUGGUUCUUGACAUGGUAUCAGAGCCUCGAACCAAAAGGUCAUGUGUUCGAAUCUCCACGACCCCCAAUAUUAACCGUUGUCUUUCAAGCACAUGGUAUGGUGGGCCUGUGCAAACUUCAAGCCCAUGGGUUGGCUUUCGUUUGAGGGGGCGUGUUAGAGUGUGGUAUAAGAUCCAGCAAAACCUUCUCCCAACAACUCGAGUUAUUGAGAGCAACUGGUUCUUGACACCUUCAUCCUACCUCAAAUGGGUCUCCGGAAACCUCCGCUCCGCUCCGGCGACACCCACCACUGGGCCCAUCUCGCCGAGCAGGUGCUGCAGGACUCUGUUUACCAGGACCGGCUCGAGUGGGAAUUCGCCAGCCGGGUCUUGGACGCCAACGACGACAGCAGCGUUCCGUCAUGUGCCACGGCCGAAAACGGUGCCGUCGCCCUGCUGCUGGAGAUCAGCCAGCGGUUCGGCUGGGAUAACGACGACAAGUUCGGGUGGAGUCGUGUGAAUUUCGAGCUGCUGGGUACGAGCAAGGGCGGCCGGAUCCCGAGAUUAGGGUUUGGGAAGGAAGAGAAAGAGGGAAACAGGGAUGCUGGCGGCGGUUUUGUUGGUGGCCACGGUCGUAACGACGGUGGGGAUGGGGAGUUGGAGGGCGAGGAUAGGAGGAGGGAGAGACGGGAGAGAAUGAGGAGACGGAAAGCGGCGCCGGCGCCGAUUGAGGAGGACAGAUUGGGGGUUUUGGGGAAGAUGGAGGGUAGAUCCGUUAACGACCGUCAAUUUGGUGGAAAGGGUGAGGAUCGAACGGCUGGGAUUAAAGGUCGAUUUCCUGGACGGGAAAGGCUGUUGAAGAAGGUGCUUGACGAGAGGGACCGGUUAUUGUAACAACACCCAUUGUGUUGUUAUUGUAACAACACUAGUCCCCAACCAAUAGGAAGCUAGGGAUAUGAUGACUUUUUAUUAGUUGAGUUGACCUAGUGUAAAAUCAAAACAGGGGUAUAAUUGUUAUUAUGAAAAAUAUGUUUAAAUAAUAAAAAAAUAAAAAAAAUAUUUUUUAUUUUCUACCCAAAAAUUUGGCCGCCGGAAUUUUGCAACCGGUCGCCGGGAAAUGGUCGCCGAUCACCGGAAUAUGCUUUUGUCACCGGAAUAUACUAUUUUGUGGCCGAAAUAUGCUUACCGGAGUCGAAAUAUGCUUACCGGCGUCAGAAUAUGCUUACCGGCGUCGAAAUCUAGUCACCGGGGCCGGAAUAUGCCUAUCGGCGUCGGAAUCUGCUCACUGACGGUCACCGGAGUUCGGUCAACGGUCUUUGUUGACCGGUCAACAGUCAACGACCACCGGAUGUUAUGGUUAGCAUUGUGAGAUUUAUGAUUUGGUUUCUCAUAUUUUUUUAUGCCUUUUAUGGUUUGUUUUAUUGUGUUUGUGGUUUGCAUUGAGAAGUUUCUGGUUUGUUUUCAAAAACUUUGUGGUUUGCAUUGUGAGGUUUCUGGUUUGUUUUAAUAUAUUUGUGGUUUGCAUUAUGACGUUUAUGGUUUGCUUUUUGUGGUUUGAUUUACUGUGUUUGUGGUUUGCAUUAUGAGGUUUCUGGUGUGCUUUCGCAAAUGUUGUGGUUUGCAUUGUGGGGUUUCUGGUUAGCAUUGUGAGAUUUAUGGUUUGGUUUCUCAUAUUUUUUUUAUACCUUUUAUGGUUUGCUUUAUCGUGUUUGUGGUUUGCAUUGAGAAGUUUCUGGGUUGCUUUCAAAAACUUUUUGGUUUGCAUUGUGAGGUUUCUGGUUUGUUUUAAUAUAUUUGUGGUCUGCAUUAGGACGUUCAUGGUUUGUUUUUUUGUGGUUUGAUUUACUGUGUGUUGUGAUUUGCAUUAGGAGGUUUCUGGUGUGCUUCGCAAAUGUUGUGGUUUGCUUUGUGAGGUUUGUGGUUUGUUUUAGGAGAUUUGUGGUAUGCAUUCGGAGGUUUCUGGUUUGCAUUAAGAAAUUUCUGGUGUGUUUUCGAAACUUUUGUGGUUUGCUUUGCGAGUUUUCUGGUUUGUUUUAGGAGAUUUGUGGUAUGCAUUAGGAGGUUUCUGGUUUGCUUUACCGUGUUUGUGGUUUGUAUUAGGGGGUUUCUGGUGUGCUUUAGCAAUAUUUCUGGUUUGUUUUACCGUGUUUCUGGUAUGUUUUAAUUUAGACAAUUUAUGGUCUGCAUUAGGAGAUUUCUGGUAUGCUUUCGAAAUAAUUGUGGUAUGCUUUGUGUGGUUGGUUAUUCUAUCCGACGUUCUUACUAGAUGAAUGGAAUUAGUAAAAAUAAUUAGUAAUGUGUAUACUUAACGGGUUCGUAUACAUAAAUAAUUACGUAGUUCUCUUUUAAUUAAUUAUGUUUUCACACCUAAUUAAUUCUUGUCUCUCUAAUUCGUUUUAAAAUAACCAGUUCGCAAGGGAGAAUGGAAUCAGCUGCAGGGAAAUCGAUGAUGAAGGGAGAGGUGUCCUUUCGAGUGAACUUCUGCACUUCUGCACGAUCAGUUUCAGCCUGCAGCUCCACAUUGUUCCCUGCCACAGACCCAUCAAAAUGGCAAACUCGCCUCCAGCUUCCUUACUAAUCUUCGCAUUGCUCUGCGUAAAACCUUUCCACCUGUUUUCAUCCACCAGUAUCUCGUACAAAUCCUUCGCCCUGCAGCUGAACUUCUCCGUCAAGCUUAUCGACUUGAACCCUUUCUCCGUCAACCAUCAGCACUAGCAGCCUAGCAGGUGACCAUAAAAGUGAAUUUUUGUG